GCUGAAGACUGAGGCGGCAAGUUCACAAAUCAGUAUUCAUAGGAUGUUGGUGCUUGGUCGGUUGACAGUAGCGCCGAAACAGUGCAACGAGUUACAGUUCGGGCGGACACGGCCUCACUGAUCGGGACUUUAACCGUAGUGCGUUUAUUGCUGAUUUCGUUAGUUGGACUGUUUAAGUUUAAGCACUUCAGUUUGCUUCGUCAAUGCAAGUAGGGCAAGUGUUAAUCGUGUGAACGGCGCUUUAAAGAAUUUAAUUCCAAACCGAUUUAUUUAAAAUAUACCACUGACACAGUAAACAUAUUAAAGUUCAUUGAAAUGAAAUGUUGUGAAGAAUUAAAAAGGAAAAAAAUAUUAUUUCAAAAUUUAAACCAAGAAUUAACACAAGUGAAUGGAAUGUAAAGCAGCACAAUUGUGUGGAGAAUGCCUGAAAUAAUUGUGGAAAUUAAAGACGAAAUUAUUGAAUUUUAAUUAUUUAUUUAUUAAAGUUUACAAAAACACUUAAUAAUUGUUGAGAAAUAAAAUCGUAAUAAAAAUAAUUGUAGUGGACUACUAAAUGUUUUUGUGAAUUUGCUAUGAUAUAUAUGAUGUUAGUUUGUUACAAAUUUUAAUAAAAAUUCUGAAAGAAAAGGAUUCCAGUGCUUACAUCAACAAAAAACCAAUUGAAAUACCCGUAUCUUAAAAACCAUUUGUGAAUUAAGACACUUAUCAAACUAUGUUAAUAUAAACAAAAAAAUAUUUAAUAUUCCAAAGUGUUUUCUAUUCGAUUAACGGAUAAGUGUUAAAAUUUACACGGUGAAAAUGCCAACCGUAGUUCAAAUUGCCAAACAAAUGAUAAUAUAAACAUCGACCGAAAUGAAUUUACUAGCGCCCGCUCUAAACAUAACCACCGAUCUCCCCACCAUUCAUACAAAUGCUAGCAGCUAUAGUUUCGCCAAUAAUUUACUCAAUGAAAGCUUUAACAACAGCAAUAAGCUGAUUGGCAAUGCAUUCCUUGAUGAAAACUUCGCUAACGGUACAGACGUUGGCUUUUUCGACGGCUUCGUGAAUAACGGCAGUGAGAGUGCUUUCAAUGAGUUAAUCGCCAAUCUAAGCACAAUUGCAUACGACUUUGGCAAACAAUUAGUAACCACAGUAAUCGAUGCAAGUGCCGAUGCUACAGCUUCCGCCGUCAACACAAUACCCGUCCCACCAUCAGUGACGUCGGCAACGACGCUGCGCGCUAGUGCUGCCACUGAUGCUAAUAGUAAUAUUGUGGGAUAUCACGAUGUAUCACUAUUGCUGAAUCAUUGGUGGCUUAACGCCACGAAUUCAACGACACCAACCGCCGUCGAUGACGGAGCGCGGAGAAAUGAAGAGGUACUCGAUUUCGCUACAGCUGUGGCUAAAGGGAAUGCGAGGAAUACAAGCACUGAUGCCGAUAGUUGGGUGACCAGCACACAGACUUUUUACAGUAACUUCGACGACGAAGAAUUAGACCCUUGCCAUCCAAACAAUUCGAAAUUCAACUGCACACAGACUGAUUUUGUGAAAUUCCUGCUCGGACCACAAACGCUGCCGCUCUACAAGGCGUUGCUGAUCACAAUAAUUUUUGGUGGAAUUUUCAUAACCGGCAUGCUGGGCAACAUUCUGGUGUGUGUGGUUAUUAUACGCCAUCCAACAAUGCACACGGCGACGAACUACUACUUAUUCAGCUUGGCAGUAUCGGAUUUAAUUUACCUUCUGUUUGGCUUGCCCGCGGAAAUAUUCCUCUACUGGCAUCAAUAUCCUUACCUAUUUGGAUUACCCUUCUGCAAGAUACGCGCAUUCAUCUCAGAAGCCUCGACGUACGUCUCCGUACUCACAAUCGUCGCUUUCUCCAUGGAGCGCUUCCUCGCCAUUUGCCAUCCUCUGCAUUUGACCGCGAUGAGCGGCUUUAAGCGCGCAGUUCGCAUCAUCGCCGCGCUUUGGAUUCUCAGCUUGUUAGGCGCCAUCCCAUUCGGUCUGCUCACGGAUAUACAGUACUUGAAUUAUCCCUUAACUGAGACGACAAUACCGGAGUCCGCGUUUUGCAGUAUGUCGCAUUACCCUGAUGAGUUUCCACUUUUCGAGAUCUCGUUCUGCUUCUUCUUCGUCAUACCGAUGCUGCUGAUAAUAAUCUUGUAUGGCAAGAUGGGCGCACAGAUACGUUUUAGCACGACACUACAGUUGGGCGUUCAAAAGGGCUCUAUGCACAGAGAAUCUCGCCACCAGCAGUCACGCAAAGCAGUAAUACGAAUGUUGGCUGCCGUUGUAGUGACCUUUUUCAUUUGCUGGCUGCCAUUCCACAUGCAACGAUUAUGGUUCCUAUAUGCCAAAGAACAAAACAAUUUCCAAGAGAUAAACGAGUGGCUGUUCUCCAUCGCCGGCUUCACGUACUAUGUGUCGUGCACGAUCAAUCCGAUUGUGUAUAAUGUGAUGUCGCACCGGUACAGAGUUGCCUUCAAAGAUAUACUCUGGGGCAAGCGACGGAGCGUAUACUACAACAAUGGCUUUGCUAGGGAUCAGUCCAGCUUUCGAGAGACGAUGGCUUCCAGCUUGGGUGGCGGCAACAACAGCACAUACGAUCGCGUACAUUCGGUACGAGUGCGCUCAAUGCGACAUGCCAAUAACUUCAGAGAUCGCAACUCUAUCAAAACCAAAAAUGUGCUGUGGACCAAGGAUGUAGACUACACCGUGCCACUAAAAAAGGAUACACUGGACAGCAAACUGAAGUAUGGCACUAACGUUGUAGUUGUUGUGGACAAUGGCGGCAUCAAUGGACGACCCCAAGUAUUCACAGAAAACGAAGCCGAGGCAACAUUGAUGAGCAAGGAUAACGAGACUUGUAUAUAAGAAAGAUGUAGGAUGAAAGAAAGCAGCUAACAAUAAAUAAACGAUCGAUUGCUUUGAGUUGCAUGCGAAAUGUGGCAGUGUGUUUGUAAAACAGCAAGAUAAAGCCAAAAACAAGUGGACUCUCACGAACCAAUGCUUUAGUACUGUGAACGGGAAUUCGAAAUUAAGUCGAAGUAUGUGUGUAUGUAUAUAUAUUUUGUAUAUACCGCAUUCGGCAAAAGGAAUAACAGUUGUUCCAUUUAUUUAUGAGUUAUACUGUGCAAAAAUUUGUCUAUAAAUAAGAUAAUUGAUUAUUGCUAUUGUCCGUGGAUAUUGGCAAUGAAUUUAGGCAAAUUAUUUACAGGCGCCUCAGCCGCAAAGUAUGUUUCAUUCAUUCAUAUUCGUUCAAAAGUUGGAAAUUUUUGCGCGUGCUUGAUAGAGUCGGAUGCAAUUAUUAAAAUAAACUCCAAAAGUUUGCAAUUGUAAACUAACCAAAAUAAUUUUAAUUUAUUUGAGCUUUAAAAUAUUUUGUUUAAGCUAUGCUUAACAGUUAGCUUUAAGAACUAAUUUUCGCUUUCCGCAAUUAUGUUCAAUAAAAUUUAAAUAUUAAGAUUACAACAAAAAACAUUUCGAAGACAUGUGAAAAUUCAUCACAUAAUACAUAUUUUUGACAUCGAAAAGUUAUCGUGAUUACUUAAGGGUUGACUGACUACGAAUCCAAAAUUAACUCGUAUUUUUUAAGAAAUUCGAAGAAAAUCCUAUUUUUACUAUAUCAAUUUAUUAAAAUUAUAAGAGUGUUCUAUCAGCUAAAUAAAAUUAUACAUAACUGUGUAAUAUAAUUUUAAUUUUAUACAAUCUAACUAUCAAUUUUAAAUUAAGGUAAUUUUUAGAAAAUUAAUGUGUCUCUAACUAUUUUUGUGUGGUUUUUGUUUUUUUAUUUAAUUUGAACAUUCUGUAAGAAAAACGUUAACAACUUUCUUCAUUACCUUGGCAUCGUGGAUAUUCGGCUUUGCCGUUGAUUCGGCUGCUUGGCCAGGUUUCACAUAUGAUUGUUAGCAUUUUGGUUGUUGUAAUGGAUCCAUUUUUCAACAUUAGUCACAAUUUGGUGGAAAAACGAUUUUUUUGUAGCAUUCAAGCAGCAUUUCUGACUUGCAAAAUCGUCUUCCAAUGUCCCUUGGCUUCAAUUCAUAUGACAUAUCUCAUAUGUCUAAAUUGGCUGCUUAUGUGACGCCUAAAACUUCUGAGAGAUGUGUUUGGCAAAAUUCUUCAUUGUCUAAUGUUUUCAGCUCCUCAUGCUCAAAGCCAAAAUCACCACUUUUAAAUCAUGCAAAUCACUUUGGCACGUUCGCUCAGCUAGGGCAUAUUCACUAUAAUUUCCAUUUGACGAAAUAUUGGAGCAAUAUAAUUAUUAUCAAGUUACUCCAUCUCUUGGCAACCCGCACGAAUACAGUUAUAGAGCCAAUAACUUAAAAUUUCACUUAAUCGCUACUUGUCUGUUAUAAAUUUAAACCGAAAUCCCUAUAUAUAACACUCUUUCUACGUUCUUACAAUGUGCACAAAUAUCUGACCCGAUAUCAGCCUAUACUCUUCCUUUACUAAAUUUUUACUUAUAUAUUUUUAUACAAGCUUUUUUAAGCGUUGUAAAUAACGUUUCCAAUUUUUCUGUAAUAUAAGCUUAUUGAGUAUUAGUGAAUGUGUAGAUGAAGUAUUGUGAGCUGUUAUAGAUUAAAUGCAUAAAUAUUUGUUGCACUUUCGUCUAUAUAUAAAAUCCGUCAUUUAAAUAUAAUAUUAUAUUAUGGUAUACAAAAUAGUAUAAUCUAUAUACUCGAGUUAGUAGCAAUAAAGAUGUAUUAGCACCAUA